UGGACUCCAAUUUUGGCGUAUACCAAGGUUUUUGAUUGGGGACAGUAGCCUCUACUAAUCUUGCAAGUGUGGUUGGCUUCUGCACAGCAAAAUGGAGAAGAGAGAAAAAGCUCACUGCCUGGUUUUGUUCUAUCCAAUCCAAGGCCACAUUAAUCCCAUGCUCCAAUUCUCCAAGCGUUUACAGCACAAAGGACUCAAAGUCACAUUGGUCACUACCCGCUCUGUUCACAAGGCUUUGCAUGGAGAUGGAGGUGGAAAAUCACCAUCAUCAUUUUCUUCCAUUGCAUUGGAGACCAUUUCUGAUGGGUUUGAUGGAGAAGGUGGGAGUUCCCAAGCAGAGAGCAUCCAGGCCUACUGGGACCGUUUUCGGGAAAUCGGCUCACAGACUUUGGCUGAGCUCAUUGACAAGCUCUCUGCCUCAGGCCACCCUGCUGAUUGUUUAGUUUAUGAUCAAAUUUUGCCUUGGGCUCUUGAUGUGGCCAAAAGGGUUGGGAUUGCUGGGGCCGCUUUCUUCACUGUAUCUUGUGCUGUUACCAACAUAUACUCUCUUGUCCAUAAAGGGCUGCUCAAACUUCCUCUCAAUCCUGACUCUGAGAUUUUGCUGCCUGGAUUGCCACCUCUUCAACCUUCAGACACCCCAUCUUUCAUCUAUGCUCCUGAAUCUUACCCUGCUUUCUUUAAACUGUGUGUGGAGCCGUUCUCUAAUCUUGACAAAGCUGAUUGGGUCUUCUACAGCACAUUUUAUGAGCUGGAACAUGAGACGGUGGAUUGGAUGGCAAAAUUUUGGCCAUUGAGGACUAUUGGACCAACCAUACCAUCCAUGUACCUGGAUAAGCGUCAUGAAGAAGACAAGGAAUAUGGUCUCAACCUCCUAAAUCCAAACAGUGAUGCCUGCAUGAAAUGGUUAAAUGCAAAGCCAAAAGGGUCUGUAGCAUAUGUGUCAUUCGGCAGUGUGGCAAAACUCGGAGAAGAGAAAAUGGAGGAACUUUGUUUGGGUUUGAGGAGAAGCAAAUGCUAUUUCUUGUGGGUGGUGAGGGCAUCAGAAUCAGCUAAGCUGCCAAAAGGGUUUGCAGAGGAGACGUCUGAAAAGGGUUUGGCGGUGUCAUGGUGUCCUCAAUUGGAAGUGUUGGCACAUGAGGCUGUAGGAUGCUUCGUCACACAUUGUGGUUGGAACUCUACUUUGGAGGCCUUGAGUUUAGGAGUUCCAAUGGUGGCAGUUCCACAGUGGGUUGACCAGGGCACCAAUGCCAAGUUCAUCAUGGAUGUGUGGAAAAUAGGGCUUAAAGCUCAAGCUGAUGAGAAAGGGAUAGUGAGAGGAGAAGAAAUUGCUCAUUGUGUGAGAGAAAUAUUGGAGGGGGAGAGAGGGAAGGAGAUUCGAAAGAACGCUUCGAAGUGGAAAGCAUUGGCCAAGAGUGCAGUGGAUGAAGGUGGAAGUUCUAAUAAAAACAUUGAUGAGUUCAUUGCAAAACUGGUUCAGAAUUAGAACUAGCUAGGCAAAGCUGUGGUGUAUUUCUGAAAAAAAAUCCUUGUACUAGUCCUCUUGUGGAAAAUGUUAUUAGGGACUGACUAAUAAGUUUUAAAAGUCAGAAGUUCGUGUCUUCACUAUUAAAAUAA